AUGGUCAAGGUUCAUACCGUCAUGGCAGCUUUCGCGGCCGUUGCGGCCCCAGUCGCAGCGGACAACUGCAAAACAGGUCUCUACUACUGCGGUUAUAACCUCCUUAGCAUAGGGGCAUACUUUAUGCAGAUUGACGAGGCGCUUGAACGGGCUGGCAUCUGCACCAGCCACGCAAAUGUCGACGACUCGCUGUUCUACUGCGUCGGCGGAGGGAAUGGCGCCAUUAGCCAUGUUAAGGUUUGCGACAAGGGGAAAUGCCACGAUGGUGGUGGCGGAAACAAUGAUUACUGCGAGGGACCGGCGAGCCUGCUGCGACUGCGAGACGUCGGUCCUAGGCGAUCUUGUUAUGCUUUGUCAGACUGA